AUGGCUGCUGCAGCCCGUGAUUACCAAAAGGAAUUGCUUGCUCAAGAAAAGGGACAUGCAUCGUCUUCUGUUAAUGAGGAAUUUGAUCUUGAUGAAUUGAUGGAUGACCCUGAGCUGGAAAAAUUGCAUGCAGAUAGGAUUGCAGCUCUUAAGAAAGAAGCCGAGAAGCGACAAGAAUUGAAAAUGCAAGGGCAUGGAGAGUAUAGGGAGAUAACUGAAGCAGACUUUUUGGGUGAAGUUACUGGAAGUGAUAAAGUGAUUUGUCACUUCUACCAUCACGAGUUCUACCGUUGCAAGAUUAUGGACAAACAUUUGAAGUCCCUUGCUCCAAUACAUUUUAGCACCAAAUUCGUCAAGUUGGAUGCUGAGAAUGCACCUUUCUUCAUUACAAAGCUGGGAAUCAAAACAUUGCCUUGUGUCAUACUAUUCAGGAAAGGAGUUGCGAUAGGGAGGUUGGUUGGAUUUGAUGACAUGGGAGGUAAAGAUGAUUUCAGCACGAGGACUCUUGAAGUUAUUCUGUUGAAGAAAGGAAUGAUUGAUGAGAAGAAAGGAGAAGAAGAUAAUGAUGAUUAUCUUGAUAGUAAACGUACAUCAGUUAGAUCAUCUGUGUAUCCCGAUUCUGAUUCGGACUAG